CCACAUUCACUGUCUUUUCUGCAUAAUUUAACUCAAGAGAGAAGAGUUAAUUUCUCUCUCUCUCCUCUCUUAAUUUUGUUUCCAUUUCUCUCACGUUAGGAGAGGAGAGAAUUUCAAUCAAAAGCCAAACUUUAUACAAAUCACCACAUCACUGUAGCUUCUUCAAAAAGUACAUCCAAACAGCAUAAGCAUUACGUAAUAAUAUUGACACCAUUGUCAGAGUCUUUUGUAGUUUGAUUCAUUUCUUCUCUUUUUAAGCGCAGGCAAAAACUUAUUCCUGUCUUAAAACCAAACCGGGAUUGAUCAUUGUUAUUGUAUUUGAAAGCUGGGUGAAAUGGUAAGCAGCGGCGGAGCAGCGAGCGACGGCGGAGUAACUGGGUCAAAAAGAAGGAGCCAGACCUUGAAGAAGGGCCCAUGGACGGCGGCGGAGGAUGCAAUCUUGAUGGCGUACGUGAAGAAGCAUGGUGAAGGGAACUGGAACGCCGUGCAGAAAAAUACAGGGCUGAUGAGGUGUGGUAAGAGUUGUAGGCUCAGAUGGACUAAUCAUCUGAGGCCUAAUCUCAAAAAAGGUUCUUUUACUCCUGAAGAAGAGAGGAUCAUCAUCGAACUUCACGCUAAACUCGGCAACAAAUGGGCUCGCAUGGCCUCUCAGUUACCUGGAAGAACUGACAAUGAAAUCAAGAACUACUGGAACACCAGAAUGAAGAGACGCCAAAGAGCUGGACUACCUAUCUACCCUCAAGGAGUUCAAGAAAAAGCCGCAGCAUUUCACUUCCAACACCACCAUGGGAGAUCACUCAACAAUUCACCUGGUUUACUUUCUUCACUUCUCACAUCGCAAAACCCCACUUACAAUCCUUCUCUCACCUCGUUCGAUACCUUCAAUUUCUCAUCCGCUGCAAACCACCCCCUUCAAAAUCAGCCAACUUCUUUUUACUCCAAUCCUAACCACGAAUUCAAGAUUUUUGGCGAUAACAACAAUGGAACUGAUGGUUUUUCUUUCCCUUUAUCCUCUAAUUCUUCAUUUGUACCAUCAGCCACAAGUCUCUUCAAUCAGAAUCUCCAUUAUCAGGGGCUCCCAGUACCAUCCUUUAAAUUCAGUGGAGAAAAUAAUUUUGAGCGUGAUUUGAGUUUUAGUUCGAUGAUAAUGGAAGCAGGAGAUUCUGUUGACCCAGUCAGUCAUUUUCUUCCUGGGAUGGAGAGUGAGCCCCCUUCAAGCCAAAUAGGACUUCAGGGACACCCAAUGACUUCAGCUUCAUCAGGGUCAACGAUUGGUGUUUGUGCAAUGACAAAUAAUACCGACCGUAAAAUAAUUCCUCCAAUAACAACUAUAGGCAAUAGCGGCUUGUUAGAUGCUCUAGUGCAGGAGUCACAAAAGCUGUCACGCGAUGAAAAAGUCAAUGGUGAGAAUUUGUCGGUUUUAGGUGACAAACGGAAGGGAGUGGUGGGUGAGGCUUCUGAAGAGGUGGAAGGCAAUGAAGGUGUUGAAUCGGUGAUGAGGAAUAGCGGCGUGGCCAAUGCUGAUACACAGGGGGAUAAUUUGAGCUCUUCUCAGUCAUCAAUUGGAAUGAAAGCCAGAGAGGAACCAUUCGAGGAGAUGCAUUCCAUGGACGACGAUCUUACGACCUUGCUCAGCAACUUCCCUUUAUCAAUGCCUCUUCCCGAGUGGUACCCCGGAAACAGCGAAAUCUCGGAUGUACCAUCAACCACCAUGAUAGGUUGCAGCGCUGAAGACAUUAGCCAUCAGCAAAAUGCUGCAAUCACCCCAGCGCCAACCUCAGCUGCAUCCCCGGAAUUCCAGUGGUCUAUGGGUUCCUACUGCUGGAACAACAUGCCCAGCAUCUGCUAAAAAGCUAAAGCAAUCCUUGCAGAGACUAGAAGUGUAUUUCCAAUGGUUUUAAUAACCUUUUUUCUUCUUCUAAGUUUACUUUUAUUAAGCAGACAAAUCCUUUUAGGUUAAAUUGUGUGAUCUCAUGCAGUAGCCUUCUGUUGAACUGUAAUGUUUAAUUGUUUUAGCACUAUAUAUUUGUGGUCCCAUUUAGAUGACUAAUUUUAUGAUCAUGUAUAUACUGAUCGUCAAUCUGGAGAAUAGUUUUAGCAUUCUGGA